AAGAUUAUAUGUGUAUGUAUAUAUGUAUAUGUAUAUAUAUAUAUAUAUGUCCAUCAAAAUAAAAUCUUGAAUUGAAUGAUGGAGAGCAGAGGGUGUUCGGCAGAAGAAGCAGGAGAGGAGGGGGAGCAGCUGACUAGGAAGAAGAGCAGGAACAAGAAGAGGUUCAGUGACGAGCAAGUUCAGUAUCUGGAGUCAAUUUUCGAGUCGGAUAGUAAGCUUGAGGCGAGGAAGAAGGAGGAGCUGGCGGUGGAGCUUGGGAUGCAGCCGAGACAGGUUGCUAUAUGGUUUCAGAACAAGAGAGCGAGGUGGAAGUCGAAACAGAUAGAGCACGACUACAAAGCACUCAGAGCUAGCUACGAUGCUUUAACGUCUCGGUUCGAGUCCUUGAAGGAGGAGAAACAGUCUUUACUCACACAGUUGCAGAAGCUGGGUGAUCUGAUGGAAAAACCUGGUGAUGGGGUGGGAAGCGGUUUGGGAGGAAACAGCAGUACUGAUGGGGGAUCAGACACCGGAGAUGAUGCAAAAUUGAGCUACUUAGAAGGUGGCCUGGACCACAGAUUAGUCAAGUGCUCAGACGAUGAUAAGAGCCGAAGUACAGGCUACUUCGGCCACCAAGAAGGGCCUGAGCUUCUCGACAAAUGUGAAAAUGCAGAUAUUUCCUUAGAAUCAACCGGAAAAUGGUUCGGUUUCGCCUCGGGCGGCUUCCAUGAUCAGUCAUGUACCAUUUCACAGUUGUGGGACUUCUGGAGUAGUUAAGAAAUGGAAUAAAUUCUUGGGGUUGUCUACGAGAACAUGUUACUCGUCGAAAUCAGACGAAAAAACCCGAGUUAGAUUCAAGUCUUGACCAGAAGAUUUGGGGGAGAGAAUAAAGAGAGAGAGGGUGGAUGGGGGGUAAGCAUGUAUGCCCUGGUGCAUGUGUCUCUGUGGGAAUUUGUAUGAAUUGUGGAAAUGUAAUGAAACAAGACUUUGGAAUUC